AGAAGCAUCACAGGAACAGAAGGCAUUCUCAAAGCAAAGGUGCUUCCUCAGCGGCCAGGAUUUUGGCACCAUAGAAAAGGCCUGUUGCCAGGAGAGAAGCCUGAGCUGAAGCGAGUCCUGGAACAGAGGAGGCUGGAGCAGCAUAGAGAGCAGGAACUGGCUCUACAGCCUCCUCUGGAACUGGAGCAGCAGAGAGAGCAGGAACUGGCUCUACAGCCUCCUCUGGAACUGGAGCAGCAUAGAGAGCAGGAACUGGCUCUACAGCCUCCUCUGGAACUGGAGCAGCAGAGAGAGCAGGAACUGGCUCUACAGCCUCCUCUGGAACUGGAGCAGCAUAGAGAGCAGGAACUGGCUCUACAGCCUCCUCUGGAACUGGAGCAGCAAAGAGAGCAGGAACUGGCUCUACAGCCUCCUCUGGAACUGGAGCAGCAGAGAGAGCAGGAACUGGCUCUACAGCCUCCUCUGGAACUGGAGCAGCAUAGAGAGCAGGAACUGGCUCUACAGCCUCCUCUGGAACUGGAGCAGCAUAGAGAGCAGGAACUGGCUCUACAGCCUCCUCUGGAACUGGAGCAGCAUAGAGAGCAGGAACUGGCUCUACAGCCUCCUCUGGAACUGGAGCAGCAUAGAGAGCAGGAACUGGCUCUACAGCCUCCUCUGGAACUGGAGCAGCAUAGAGAGCAGGAACUGGCUCUACAGCCUCCUCUGGAACUGGAGCAGCAUAGAGAGCAGGAACUGGCUCUACAGCCUCCUCUGGAACUGGAGACUGAACUACGCAAGAGACAGCAGAUACUGCUGGAGUAUGAGCAGGAGGAGAUCAGGCGCCGGGAGGAGCAGGAGAGAGGAGUCCCUGAGUUUGUACGUGUGAAGGACAACCUGAGGCGCACACAGAUGUCUGGGCAGUGACGGCUACUUGACAUUCCGUCCCGUCUCAUCACCCCCCCGCAGCCUCUCACCACGGAAGCCGUGGCUGCGGCCCAUUUCUUCACCCAAGGAUCCAAAGAGUGCACUUGUUCACCUCCCUCACCACAAUGGUUCUGCCAUUGCAAUGAACCCAUCCUCCUGUUUCUCCCUCCACUGCACCCCAUAUCCUACAGCUAUAUGAUGAGGGUCAACUUCACUGCAGCAAGUUACUGAAAAGACUACUCCUAGGACUGAUAUGCAUUUCUCGCUGGACUGUUGUAGGAAAACCGGUCAUAGGUUUCAUAUAGAGAAUGUGAAAGUGCAUAGGUCUACUGAAAACAAUGUGUAUGUUAAGGACAAAUAUUUUAUUUGAUUUAUGAAUAAAUGUUUUUUUUUAUAAUGAUUCACUUUUAGUUUUGAAGUCUGUAUUCAACACUAGCAAUUGGUUUACAGCAGCAUGGUGUCAUAAUGUGGUGUGUUCCAUGUCAUUUUGGUUGGUUCAUUUAGUUCAAAGGCCAUACAUUAAGUAUAUGUUACUCCACUAUUGGACACAGGGUAGUGACUGGAACUCUGAAUUCUCUUUAUGUAAUGCAGUUAUUUUCUAUUUUCAGUUGUCACUCAUAUAGCUAACCCCCCAUCAUGACAGAUGUUAUGUGGAUUAGUCUGUUGUUGUUGCUCCUUUUCUUUUCUUAGCAAUGUGUUU